GCCCAGAUUACGCAUAUAACGACACGAUACUGACAAGCUGAUGGUGAGUUGAUGGGAGCCGUUAUUUAGCAUUGAAGAAAGAUGAUACAAAAGUUGCUUAGCGUUGUCACGCAGUGCGACGAAAUUGAGCCAACUGCCAUGCAAUUAUGCAGCAUAAAAGGAACAACAAAGUGGCUUGCGUUGUCCCACUUUUUUCAUAAAUGUAGAUGUGGUGUUGGUGUUAACCAGAGUAUGCUGUCAUUGUGGUGCAAGGGAGUGUGGUGACUCGUGGAAGGCUUGAAAGCGUGGGCCAUGCGGGAACCAUGCGGGCACAGCGUUACCCGGGCCGGGACGAGCAGCUGCCUAUCACAGCACGUCAUUACUAUUCUGCUUCUCCUUUCAACUUCAAGAUCAUUGCCGAAUGGAUGAGUGACUUCACCAUCUUUUAUACGUUCACGGUCGUUUGUAUUGAUUAGCCUAUACCGAGAAGUCGAGUACUUUGUUCUGAAAAGUGAAUAUGCUGUGUUGUCGAGGAAUUUGAUGUUGAAGCGUCUGGUAACCAGAACCAGCUGGUAUUGCGUGUGUUAGUAUUGAACAGCUAAGAAGGCUUUACAUUCUUCUGUAUUUAAAGUGUAAGAUCGUCCUCGGUUCAUGCAUUCUCCCUCGAGCGGUAGGAGCGUAGGAUUUUCUAGAGCCGUUCUACCUGAGAGGCGUGAGGCGCCCACAGGAUUGUGAGGCAGAGAAGCCACGCCGGUCAUGAGACACAACGCGCCGUCCGCGACAAAGGAUCGUCCCUUACGACCUUGGUUGAUUUAAUGCUCCAGUGACAUUACAUGAGCUUCCUUAACUGCUAAAGUAUAAUGCAGCAUAGUAGCGAACUUAAUUCAGGUUAUAAGUUGCUUGUAUUCUUAACUAUAGUUAGAUAUUCUACGGUCGCGAAAAUUUUGUAGCUUUAAACUCUCCCGUGAAAGAGCCAAGCCUGUCCGUGUGUGGUGCAGACUGGUAAUCUGGAAGUGUACGAUGUGUUCAGUUUUACUUUCCCUUGUUUGUGACACUCAUCGGGGUUUGUGAUUUAUUUCUUAUUUAUUCGUCAAUUUGAUCACAUUUAUGUAUGGUCAGGGAAAUAAUAUAAGGAUAAAGUAAAACUAAUCAGACUACAAUCGAUCAUGAAUAUAGCAAGUGGUGCGACGGGGGCGGUGGGUGCCGGAGGGCGGUUACUGCGCAUGCGUGAUGGGUGCGGCUGUGGCGGGAGAUCAGCUGGGGUGCGAGGAGUUGUCGCUCGCCGGCUGGCCCAACGCAGUGGCGAUCCAUAGCUCUCGCGUUCUGUGCAGGUGUUUCCUGUGUAGUUGAAGCCUACGUAGUGAAGUGUCAGCAUGGUUACCAACAAGGAAAGAGAAAUUAUUAUUGACGCUAUUCGAGUUCUCAGGUCUCGCCGAGUGAGACCCAGUGCUCGAAAGAUUGCAUGGUAUGUAAGGCGUGAACACCUACUGUCGGAGGCGACGACGGAGGCCGUACUGGACGAGCUCGUGGAGAGUGAAGAUGUACUGCGCGUUGAGUAUAAGGGUGCUACUUCCUAUCGUGUAGCAGCUUCAUGGUCCAAGGCUGCCUUGGUGCGGCGCCGGCCCACUCGUACUAAAGUGAAUGUUAUGAACAGUGAGGCAACCUGUCGCGCUUUGCGGAUGGCAGUUGAGGCAUGCGACCCGGGCGGCGCCAGCAAGAGCCAAAUUGAAGAAAAGUUGGUCGCCCUUGGACAUGGACGUUUGGUAGACAAGCUGGACGUGCUGCUUCAUCGCGAGAUUCGUGCUGGGACACUUCUGCGUGUUGAGACAACUCACCGCACCGCUACUCUCAUCACCUACGUGGUACCCGCCGACGCCCCUGCACCUCCCCCAUCACCACCCUCUCCUGUCCCCGAGGAUGAGUACAACGAGGAAACUUACCGAGUCGAAGAAAUGAUUGAGGAAGUAGAAGAAGAGGACGCUCAGGAGACAAAACACAACGCUAACGUGGAUGAAAUUAAAGAAGAACCAUUAGAUGAACAACUGGUCGCUUGCCAUUCAACCAAGGAGCCCGUCCUGAAGCGAGGCCUGACCGGCCGGCGGCGCGGGCGGCCCCCACUCAAGAGUUACUCCACCCCUCCGGCCUCGUCACGGGGUCGAGCACCAUCCCGUCGCAAUAAGAGAGCCAAGAAAGUGUUCGACCCUAGCGAGGGAGGGCUGGCCGUGGCGGGUCGCAAGAAAGCCAUCCACCGGUGUGACGUGUGCUUCCAGACAGUCGGGCAACACACGGUUCAGGAAGAUCUGUUGGUGUGUCACAGAUGCUCAGCCAGAGCUCAUCCAAGCUGUCUGGGAUACAGUGCAGAAUUGGCUGUUCGUAGUCGGAUGGGACCAUGGACAUGCAUGGACUGCAAGCAUUGUGCCAUAUGCAAUAUGGACCACAAUAUUGGCACCCUGAUCUUCUGUGAUGAGUGUGACAGAGCUUACCACCUCACCUGCCACCAACCUCCCUUGAAUGAGCAGCC